AUGACAACUAUUCUCCAUCUGAUUCAACUUACCCCAGGGCAGACACUUACUGCCAAAGAUCUUUACCUCGAUUCAGCACGUCAGGAGCUAUCGGCCUUGGUAUCAAUAUGCCUAUCAGCCAACAAGCAAAGUACCGUCGCCUUCCUACAUUGGACCCUUCUGUACUACCCCCUGACAGCAGUCUUCGUGCUAUUCUGUAAUACUGUUGUCACCUCUCAUAUAGGCGAUUUCAACCUUUUGAAAACAGUUGCAGACUGCUUGACCCAGAGCGGAACAGCCAGCGAGCACAUUGCCAACCUGCAGAAACUCUUCCAGGAAUUUGUCUCGCUCUCCCAACGCUUUCUCAAUGAAGAAAGCUCUGCCACACUCACCAAUCAAGGCGCUACUCAGACAAGUCCCUGUCAACAGCAACAGGGGACCUCUUCUCAGGAUGUAAUUCAUAACUCCAACUCGCCCCACUGGUUGAAUACAAGCACUACCUGGAGUUCGGGUAUCUUGGCAGGCUUGGACAACCAAUCUUUUGAUCCAUCGUUUCCUAUGUUGGAACUAUCUUAUGGUGAUUCGACUUUCUUCCUGGGCGGUGGAUCUGAUAUACCGUUUAGUUCUGCAUGA